AUGGAUGAAAAUGGAUUUGUGAGAGACGAUAAAUCGUACGAUUCUAUCGUUGCACAGUAUGACUUCCUUCGUAUGCCAAAGAGCAGGUGGCACAACUCAGAUCUCGCAGCGGUCGAACAAGAAGUCCUAGACCAACUCUACCGCGGGUGGCUGCAUUACUGGAACCACGAAUCGCGCGCAGACUUCCACAAAGGAAUGACAGGAGCGCGCCGAUUCUACAGCUUCCCGGAUAUGCUCAGCUAUGACAUGUUCGGAAACACGAUCCGAGGCAACUUCAAUGAGCACUUUGAGUCCAUCUUCCCCUACUGGAAUGAUGGGUCAAUGGAAUUCAAGGACCUCGAGAUCACAGCGGUGUCAUCUGAGUUUGCAUAUUCGACCAUGAUCCAGCACACCUGGGGUACGGCUGGCGGAGUUGCCUUCGACACUGCUUUCAGACGUACUGGUAUUGCGCAUAAGAGUCCCGAGGAUGGCAAGUGGCGGUGGAUCCAUGAGCACCUGUCGUUCCCAGUUGACAUGAAGACUCAGAAAGGAGACUUCACUGCAUCCUUGGAUCCUGGUAAAGGGUUUAAGCUUUCUUAA